GUAAAUUCGCUUGGGACCCACAUGGACCCCAUGGCGUUAUUUAAACGUUUGGUAGUGGACACUUUACUGCGGGAAUUUGCCAACUGAAACCUCGAUGGCCUCUGUAUCAAAAGCUGCAGUCACCCAUUGUCGAAUAAUCAAAUCAGCUCAAAUCGGGCAAACCCACACGACCAAUAACUUGAUCAACAUCUACACAAGAUGCCGAGAUAUAGGAGCUGCUCUCAAGCUGUUCGAUGAAAUGCCCCAUAGAGACACCGCUUCUUGGAACACCAUGAUUGCUGGCUACGUGAACUCUGGGAAUUUUCAGAGUGCUUGGGAUUUCUUGAAAUCCAUGAAGCACCAUGGUCUUCUAUUUGACGGCUACACUUAUGGGAGCAUACUCAAAGGUGUUGCCACUAAUGCUUACCUUUCGUUUGGGCUACCGGUGCAUGCUGAUGUCAUUAAGAUAGGGUACGAUGAUAAUGUUUAUUGUGCGAGUGCUCUGGUAGACAUGUAUUCCAAAUGUGGUAGAAUGGAGGAUGCUAGUAAAGUGUUUCUUCAUAUGCCUGAACGCAACACCGUUUCGUGGAAUGCUUUAAUAGCAGGAUAUGCGGAGACUGGUGACUGUAUGAAUUGUUUUAAGUUGAUGGAAAGAAUGGGGAGAGAGGGUGUGCAGAUUGAUGAUGGAACAUUCUGUCCUCUUUUGACAUUGCUAGAUGAUCAGGAUUUAUACAAGCUUGCAAUGCAGUUUCAUGCAAAAAUUAUAAAAAUUGGAUUGGAUUUUGAAAACACAGUUUCUAAUGCUCUACUUAGCGCAUACUCAAACUGCGGAAGCAUCCAGGCUGCUGAAAAGGUGUUUGAUUGGGCCGACAGAUGUAGAGAUCUGAUCACUUGGAAUUCAAUGUUAGCGGCUUACAUAGAAUAUGAUAAAGGGAUGGAUGCAUAUAAACUAUUCUUGGAUAUGGGAAGGCUCGGUAUGGAGCCAGAUAUAUAUACUUUUACUAGUAUAAUAAGUGCCAGUUGUGAAAUUAAUAAAAAAAGGCAGGUAAAGUCCUUGCAUGCUUUGGUUAUCAAGAGGGGAUUGGAAAAUGUAACAAGCGUAUCUAAUGCAUUAAUUUCCACUUAUCUAAAAUCCGAUGCUAGUUAUAUGGAUGAUGCAAUGAAAGUUUUUGAGUUUUUGGGUGUGAAAGAUUCUGUUUCGUGGAAUACAAUUUUAACAGGAAUGUCCCAAAAUUCUUUUAGUGAAACCUCCUUCAAGAUUUUUGAGGAAAUGAGGUCCCACAACAUAGAGAUGGAUCAAUAUACCUUUGCCGCUGUCCUUCGGUCUUGCUCAGAUUUGUCAAUAUUUCGAUUGGGUCAAGAAAUUCAUACCUUGACACUAAAAACAGGAGUCUAUUUAUAUGAAUAUGUGACUGGUGGAUUAAUAUUCAUGUAUUCCAAGUGUGGACACAUUGAGGAUGCACGGAAAACCUUUGAGGAAUCACCAAAGGAAAGUUCAAUCACUUGGAACUCAAUUAUGUUUGCAUAUGCGCAACAUGGAAUGGGUGAAGUUGCACUUGAUCUUUUCUCUUCAAUGACAGAUAGGAUUGUCAGUCCAGAUCAUGUGACCUUCAUUGCUGUUCUGACCGCAUGUAGCCACAUAGGUUUGGUGGAAGAAGGUCAAAAUUUUCUGAACUCCAUGGAAUCCAAUUAUGGGAUCCCACCGAGAAUGGAGCAUUAUGCUUGUGCAGUAGAUUUACUUGGGCGGGCCGGGCAUCUUGAAAAGGCAAAGGAGCUUAUUCGAGGGAUGCCGUUCCAACCUGAUUCAAUGGUUUUGAAAACAUUACUUGGAGCUUGCCGAACAUGUGGUGACAUUGAACUAGCCACUGAGGUAGCACAUUGUUUAUUGGAAUUGGAUCCUGGAGAACACUGUAUAUAUGUUUUGCUCACUGAUUUGUUUGGAAAACUAAAGCUUUGGGAUGAAAUAGCUAGUGUAAAGAGGUUGAUGAGAGAGAAGGGAGUCAAGAAAAUUCCCGGUAGGAGUUGGAUAGAAGUCAAUAAUGUGGUGCAUGUUUUUAUUGCAAAAGACCAUUCACACCCUGAAUGUAUGCAGAUAUAUGAGUUCCUGGGUAAAUUAAGUGAUGAAAUCAAAUUCUUUGAAAAUGGUUGUGACUUGUGAGGUUGCUGUGGUGCACAUUGAUAUGCCAUGCUGAAGAUUAUGAAGAAAGUCUAUCCGAUACUUCUUCAAGAGAUUUUAAUAUUGGAAAAAGGAUGUCAGUGCUGCUGAGAUUGAUAAUAUUGAUAUGCAUUCAUCUUUUCGUCCAGAACUGAUGGACAUAAAAGCUACGAGUCACUCUUUGCUAGCUUGUUGAUGGUUCUUUGAAAGGCUCAUCCUUUUUAGCUUUGUGGUUGACAAUCCUACAAUCCUACGAAGCAGACUGUCCAUCUGAUUUGUACAGUGAGCAGCAGAGGAGAUAUGCAAAAUUUUAUAUAGCAUCCUAUCCAAGGUGUAAGAUGUGUAUAACCAUAUAAGUAACAUGUCAGCAUGUAAGAGAAAAAGCAAUUAGUUAAAAGUGUUCACUUUCCGUCUUGACUAAUUAAUUAUUAGAUUGGAGUGGAUACCAUGGUAUUCUUAUAGCAAAAAAUAUUCUUCUGCACAAAGAGGGACUAACGCUGGCCUGGUUUUAUUGAAAUUAGUAUACAUUGGACACAACUGCGAUAUACUCAGAGGCGUGAUUGGGUUAGUAGGACAAAAGGGUUUCAUUUUUGUGAUUGUUCCUGAAUGUGUAUUGAUAUAGCUCUUACAUGUUAACACAUUAUCCCUUUCUCUCUGAUUGAUUCACAAAUCUCGGCUUGCCUCCUCCCUGACACCUAAGAGAGGUUGAGGAUGUCUGCUGUGUGCAGGUCUGUUUCUACGGUGGAGCAUGCUGCAUUGAAGAUAUUCAACAAUAUGGCAAAAAGGCGUUUAACAUUUAAGAUCCAUUCAGGGAACUAGAUAUUAAUGGAACACGAGAAUGUUGAGCAUCAUUUUUCUGUGAAGUUACGAUGUGUAAGAUAACUUACACUGUUGGAAGGGACCCACAGUACACUCGGAGUAUUGUUGCAGAAUCUUCACCUUGAAUUACUGCCCCUGUUAUUGUUUUGGUGAAUAGAAAUGCAGCAAGUGAGAGUGAAAUUGUUGCCACUGCACUUCAUGAUAACUGCAGAGCUGUUAUUGUGUGUGUGUGUGUGUGGGGGGGGGGGGGGGGGGGGGGCAGACCUAUGGGAAGUGUUAAAUUUGCUGUUCAAUCUGUUUUCGAGCUUCAAGACGGAUCAGGUGUGGACAGUAUGGUUGUUACUAUUGAGAAGUAUGUUACACCAAAUCACAUGGACAUCAAUGGAAAUGGUAUUGAACCUGAUAGCAGGAAUCUCCCUACUUCGAAUGAAGUCACCAAAGACCUGUUUGAAUGUCACAAACCAAAUAGAGGAUGAAGCAAAAUUUUCUGAUGUUUAGAAAUUACCAAUUUCUCUCUUGGAUAUCCAAUCUGCUUAUGACUCCAGUUUAGGCUGGCCUGGAUGUGGCUGUGUUAAACAAGGUUGUGUUUUACUAAAAAGGGGUAUAAUUCAGCUACAAUAGGGAUCUACACAUUUCACCAUAUCCCCCGGCUGGAGUUUCGUUUAGUCCAUAAACACGUGCAAAGAGCAUCUCCAAUUGAGACCACUUAACCGAACUCAUUCACUGAAAUAACACUUUCAAGAGAAUCCUAAUUGCAAGCCAAAGGAGACCCUUGAAGAAACUCAUCACGGGACCAGCCACUAUUCUUUCUUUAUAGGAACAAGCCAUUAUUUGUUCUUUUAUGCCAAGCUUGCUUGUGUGAUAGAGUGAUAUUGGAGGCGCCGACGUUGCAUCUGGAUUUAGGAAGAACGGUAAAGGAAGAGAAAGCACAUAGAGAAGAAGAGCUAGAUAAUCAGGAUAUUGGGUUGAAAUGUGAGAGCAGUUUUAUGUGUAAAUUUUCAGUUGGUUUAUUAUUUAAUUGUUUGCACUUUAGAGCAGGUUUCUAGGAGGAUUUCCUACAUGCUUUGGUCGAAAUUCAGCUUGGUUUUCCUACAUUUAGUUUAUCAGUUCAUCAACAACAAAAGUCUCUAGGAGUGGCGUUUUAGUUGUCCAUUUAAGUCUUUAAUUUGAAGAGCUCCCUUAGUUUC